UCAUCCACUGGAUAUAUCUGUGUGUCACAUCUCUGAUGAAAGGAGAUAUACUGGAGCUCAUUACAGCCGUGCACAUGAUACAGUGUGCACAUGCAGCCCGCCAUUUGGUAAGAAAAGACGGGUUCUAAUAACGAUGAGACACGGAGCUCAUCCAUAUUAGAAGAGUCUUUAAUGAACUCAGACCGUAAAAGACACUCCUCCUGCUCCCGGAUACACCGCUCCGCUCCCGCACCGAGUCGAUGCGCGGGAGGGAGGAAAUCCAUAGCCCCAUCUUUAUCAGUAUCAGUAUCGCCGUGAAGACAAAGGGAGCCCCGCCAAUGAAGAUGUGCUCCGAUAUCAGAACUAGCCAUUCUUAAAAGUCACUAUUCCUGCAGCCGUGCCCGCCCGGAGGCAGACAGGAGCCGGUCCUAGGAGACUCUUCGGGGAUGCGCAAAGAUGUGAGAGUAAAGAGCGAGAUGCAUUGUGAUUGGGCAUACUCUUUGUGAAAGCAUCCGGCACGGCGAGGCAUGUUUGCUCCAGCCAGAGCAUCAACGAGGUGGCAUCAAACUUGAAGGAGACGUUUUACUCGGUGUGAACAGUCGAUGCGUUCGCAGCGUCAACCUUCAUCAUUUCCCCAAAAAGAGGCGGACACACUCUCCGUGGUGCUGAAACAGUGAGACUUGGCUGAUCAACUAGUGAAGAAGAGGGAGAGCUCUCACUCCGCUCACCUGCUUCUGAGCUUCGUGGUGUAUCUGACAGUGAGAACUUAUUACAUCAGCGGCUGUGGCGCAUCAUGCUGUGGGUGAAGUGGAAGAUGGUGGUGGACUCCCUGCGUGGACGGAGAAGGAGGCUGCCCUGCACCGUCUGGUUCCUGCUGCUGUUUGCUGCUGGAGGUCUCGUUCUCUUCAUCCACCAGUGGGAUCUGUCCGAGAUGGUCCAGCAACAAGGCCCAGGCGUGAAGCUUGGAAGCACUCCACGGCAGUCCAGAGAGACUCUUUCCACGCAGGACAGAGAGAGAAGCAAAUCUGACAAUUAUCAGGAGCAGCAAGCAACAGAAGGCAUCUUGUCCAGCCCGAUCCCUCCAAUGCAAUUCCCACACUUUGAGAAGAGCAGACAGACGGCCACCCCGGGGUCUCGGGAGCAGAGCAGACAGACACCCACCCCGGGGUCUCGGGAGCAGAGCAGACAGACGCCCACCCCGGGGUCUCGGGAGCAGGACAUUACCUCCCUUCAUGUCUCCAAAAGAAACCGCAAACUGCUGAAAACAAGUCCCCCAAUCCAUCACACCACCAAAAGUGAUUCCUCGUCCUCUUCUUCUUCUUCUUCCUCGUCCUCUUCUUCUUCUUCUUCUUCUUCUUCCUCCUCGUCCUCAUCCUCAGUCGUCUCCACUUCUGGCUCAUUCACCCCUGACAAGUGGAAAAAGCUCGUCGGAAUCCAGGAAGCACGGCGGCAACUGAUGAAGGAGAUGUGUGCCAAGUACAAAAGCAGCAUCUCCAAGACCAUCACAGGUCAUCACGUGAGAAACAUCUUCGUGGAGGACAAGUACAAGUUGUUGUACUGCCAGGUGCCAAAGGCCGGCUGUUCCAACUGGAAGAGGACCCUGAUGGUGCUGGCGGGCAAGGCCCCCGAUGCUCAAAGCAUUAAACACGACACAGUCCACGACGGCCGCCAUCUCAGGGAGCUUCACUUCUAUGACCGAAAGGGAAUCGUGCACCGUCUGGAGACCUACACCAAAAUCAUGUUUGUCCGAGAGCCCUUGGAGAGAAUGGUGUCGGCUUACAGGGACAAGUUUGAGAAUCCUAACAACUACUACCACUCCCUGUUUGGGAAACCCAUCAUCUCCAAGUACAGGGCCAACCCGUCUUUAGAAGCUUUGAAGACAGGCAACGGGGUCACGUUCAAGGAGUUCGUCCAGUAUCUGCUGGAUGUCCACCGGCCUGUGGGAAUGGACAUCCACUGGGAUCAGACCAACCAGCUCUGCAACCCUUGUCUCAUUGACUACGACUUCAUUGGCAAGUUUGAGAACAUGGAGGAAGAGUCCAACUUCCUCCUGCGACUGAUUGGGGCACCACCCAACGUCAAGCUGCCCAAUUUCAAAGAUAGGAACCCGGCUGACAAGAAAACCUCCACGCAGAUCACAGAGAAAUACUUUUCACAGGUCAGCACGUUGGAGAGACAGCGAAUAUAUGACUUCUACUACACAGACUAUCUGAUGUUUAACUACACCAAGCCUUUUAAAGAUUUAUAUUGACCUAUCAACUUUUGAAUCACCGUCACAUUCCACGUCUACAUCUCUACCAUGAUAGUAAUCAUAUCAAAUACUCUAAAUUGUCCUCAAGUGGAAGCUAGUUAUUCACUUCUAGCACAUGGUGAGGUAGAAAACUACAAUGAUAAAUGUUAUGCUUCUAAAACAUCGUUUGUAAUUGUUCAACAGGCUUUAAAUUAUGCCUUACUGUGAGUCAAAUAGGAUUUGUAAAUGUUUUAUAGUUUGUGGCAGCCACAUUCCUAAAGUCAGAAGUGAUUUCAGUACACAGAACAAUAUGUUAUGUGAGCCCCGAUCUCCUAAAGAAUAAACCUUAUCCUCAGACAACAUGAUAUCCUGAUCGUUCGUGCCAAUGUCCAGCAACACACGCCAAUUUCCGCUCGACACACAUCUGCAGUCUUUUCAAAAUAAACUUCCGUCUUUACAAAAAGAAAAAGUACGUGUUUAGGAAAAGAUGGCGGUUUGGGUUAAAGUUAACAACAACAAUGUAUAAUUAAAGUUGCUUCAGUCCUUGGUUGGUUAUGAUCUCCACCAUUCAUUUAGAUUCUCUGCAUUUAAAAUACUUUAUCAUUUGAAAUAUUUGCAUUUACUAUCUGACUUACAGCACGUUAGGCCUCCAUGUAUCAAUGCAUAUUAAUAGUUUUACUAAAUAUAAACAAAAUGAAACACUAUAAAUAGUAUAAAUCUUUAAAAAUGCGUCAAGUGUUUGCCCACUCUGAAGCUGUGUGCACUUAUUGUAGCAUUUUUUGUACUUCUAACUUUUAUCAGUGAGGUGUGUGCUUUGGUCUAACACAUGCGUGUGCUGUAGGUGCCCCCGUCACUAGAGGGAUUUACUUGGGUGGCUGUUGUUACAGGACAUCCAGGUAUUUGCAGGGUAUUAAGUGUUGCGGCCAAUAUCUCCGAAUGCCUGUUAGUGUUGCAGACGUGCGAAUCCUUCAGUUUCUACAUUCUGUUGAAAGCAAAACAGAAAAACUGUUGUUUUGAUUUGGACAAUUUAAGAGGAUGAGAAAAAGAAAUGUCUCCACCUUUCACACUGAAUACCCUACAGCUUCUCACAGCAUCAGUCUCCCCUCCGUCUGUAUGUAUCACAUAUCCACACCACCAUAUAGGCUUUUUCUCUCACUACUGUGUACAAUUGUAUAAUGGGCAUUCAGAUGACUAUAUAUUUUUCUAUGUAUUUCUAAAAUAUACACUAUAUAUUCAGUGCUUAUGGUGAAGGUAGUAUGUUUCUUUCCUUUGUUGAUGUCAUUUGUUGUUCUUUCAGUAAUACCGGUGUAGAGUUGUUGUGUAACUGAAGAGUUUCUUUCCAAAACGAAAUAUCCACCAGCUGAAAACCACAAGUCUAACUCUGAAGACACGACUGCUCGACAUGUUGCGGUGCCAUUUGAAGUGACGAUAACUACGUUUGAUUGAUGAAUUGAAACCACUCGGUGCUUUGGAGGAAAUCUUUGUUUUUUUUAAUGAUAAUGGAUAUAUGCAUUUUUGGAAAUUAGCUCUGUAAUUAUUAUCUGUUUGGUCUCUCACUAUGAUAAUAGACCCUGUACAGAUGAGCUGCAUUCCACCUGUACCCAUCCUGGCUAAUGACAUUUUUACCCAUAGCAACUCCACUGUGUGUGUACGUGUGUACGUGUGUGUGUGUGUGUGUGUGUGUGUGUGUGUGUGUGUGUGUGUGUGUGUGUGUGUGUGUGUGUGUGUGUGUGUGUGUGUGUGUGUGUGUGUGUGUGUGUUAUUCAAAGAGCUGUCUAAAUGUUUUACAAUCUUCUUUCCUGGAUCUUUUGGAUACCUGUAUACACACACACACACUGCUAAAAGACACAAAUUGAAGGUACAGUAUUCAGUGUGUAUAUUCCCAACACAACACAGCUGGCACUAACGUCAGAACGUUCUUUAGUAUUUCUUGAUGCAGGUCCGAUCACAUUAAAAAGUGAAACCUGCACAGAGAGCACUCAAAGCUUUUUAAAUUAGCUCUAAUCGAGAUACGAUACGAUAAAACCUUUUUUUAUCUUUCUUGCUCCAUUUGCAACAUCCACAGAGACAAAUGUUCAAUACAUACAUGUUGAUGUUGCAAAUGGUCAACCUUUUCUAAGAGUGAGUCUCAGAUACAAUAAUACUUCACAUGGAGGCAAAACAAAAUACAUUUCCUGUAAAUAUCCAAAGUUAUAUUGACAGGUUUCUCAAAAUGAAAGAUUAAAUCUUACAGUUGAAUCUUACUGUGCAGAGAGUGUGAUGAAGAAGUGACUACAAAUGACUAUGACACCAAAAUACUGAAUGCAAAUGAAUACGUGGGCGUUAAACACACAGAAAUAUAAUAAACACAGACUCAAACUAAAACCUAAAUCAAGAUCAAGUGUAAAGUUUGGCUCCAACCAAAGUGAGUAGCAGUAUAUUUUUUAAACGGGCACGAUGCAAAGACAAACUUUAUCUCUUGUGAUUCUGGGAACAACCUAUGGCUAGUCUCCUAUAUAGUAGCACUCACUAUUCAGCUAUACGCUUCGCAGCUCACUGGAAAUGUGUUUUAUGUAACAAAAUACUUUAUAAAGAGACGUAUCUGCCUAUGAGUGAGGGGAACUUUAUAUUAUUUAAAUCUAUAAACACUAUAAUCAAACUUUGACAAUUUUGGUGGUAGUACCCUUUCACAGUGAUGGUAAUUGUAUGAACUUUCGUCGGUAAACUGUGUUGGCUUUUGCAAUUCCAAAAUCUAAUCUUUGUUUAGGUUGUGGUCCGAUUCUAUGUAGCUAGGUAUAUCCAAUAUCUGGGCGAAGCAUCUACUGCAUUAUGAUGAGUAUUACUCUGCAAAUACUCUGUCCGUCACCCGCCCCACCCCCGGUGAUAACGUUUUCUUGGUUCGUGGGUGUAUGGACGGAUUUAUCAAAAGCGUAAUUACAGUAACAAGUGAAUGUAUAACUGUUAAUCGUUGGUGCAAAAGUGUAUAAAAUAUGAUCUUAAGCCCUUUGCCUUAUUUUACACUGCCAAUCAAAUGGUGUAUUUCAGGAAGACAUUCUUCAGGAGGUUAUUAUUUCUGGCUGAUGAGUGUCUACUAAUAAACUGUCUUUAGCAUUUUCAA